GUCUGAACUUAUCGGGCUCAAAGAACUUCGAUAAAAGUCGUUUGCAAAGUUCAAUUAAACCAUGUUUAUAUGUAGACUCCCCAAAUUGUUCAAGUAUUUUUGCCUGCGAUUAAAAGAGAGCAACAAAACGAGUCCUAUUGGGUUCGCCUAAUCGAAGCUCUGCCGUACUUCUUAAGACGCAUUUUAUAGCAAUGCGCACCAGUUACAAGAAAAACAGACCCUUCGACUUCAAGCUAAUUGAUCUGGUGGAACCAAAUCCGGUGCUCUACAAGAGAUCAGGGCUCUCGAACUACGACGCCAUGAAGGCGAAAACUGAUAUUUGGGCUCGCAUAGCCGAGAUGAUGGGCUGCGAUGUGGACUUCUGCCUGAUGCGCUGGAACAAUCUGCACUAUCAGUUUCGCAAGGAGUUUCGCCGGGCGGACACCAGUGGAUCCACCUGGCCGUACUUGGAACGCCUCCGAUUUCUGGCCGAGAUACAGCCGCCCUCGAAAAUCAAAACCAAACCCAAAGUAAGGGACUCCACGGGCAAACCAGAGGCGACCAUCCAAGCAGAAACUCCUGUGCAGUUCCUGUGGGAAACCUAUGAGGAUGGGGAUGUGCCACAGCAGUCCAGUACCUUUAUCAUCGAGGAGAUCAUCGAGGAGCCUAGCGAACAGAUCAUCCAGGAGGAAAUCAUCUACGAGGAACAAGAGCCAGCUGAGAUACUCUCCCCCAGAAGCAGCUUUCUCCAGAUGGACCAAGUACUGGCCCAACUAAGGGAACCACAGAGGAGACGGGCAGAGCGGAGGAUUACAGCAUUUCUGCUCAAGUGUCAGCUGCGUGCCCUGAGUAAUCAGUCCGUGGAGGAUCUGAACAUUUAGCUUUCCGUUUACAUACUCACAACUUUAUUUUAAAAACAGAAUAUAACUAAGAUUAAACCUUGCA